ACUGAGUCAACCCAACUCCAUCUUCCCCGUUCUGCACAGAUUCGUCACAAACUUCAGAGUAACUUUCUUACUAUAAUUAUAAUAACGAGUGUUGUGCAUUGACAUGUAGGAUAGAUGUUGGCAUAUCAUGAGAUCAGUCUAGUAUACUGCCCUAGGUAACCAGCAGUUGGCCCUACAACUAUUGCUGAUACCAUCAAUCACCUUUAGUGGUCUGUGGUGGUUUCCUGUUUGAUAUGCUUCAGGGGAGAUGAGGGCUACUGAUUAUCUACAAACAACAUGUUCACCUUUGUUUAUACAUUGUCCAAAGAAAUUGUUUCAAACCUUUGUCAAAUGUUGGUUCCUCUUUCCCGUAUGUAUUUGUAUUUUAGUGUUUCUAAGUACAGUCAUGUACAGUGUGUAGGUGUGGUAUACAGUACAGUUUGAAUGGUGAAUGAUAUUUUGUCUCUAUACAGAAAGCAGACAGUGACAACCUUGCCAAGAUAGCCAUCAGACAAGCUGACGGCUAUAGCUGUGAUUGAGCUCCUAGCAGCCGUGUGUCUGGUAAAGGGUGGUCACAUCAAGAUAAUGGAAUCAGUGGACAACUUCAAGAAGGAAAACAACGAACAGUAUCGGUUUGAGACGCUAUUCCAUUAUUUCAUGGAGCCCACAGCGAGUGGUGAAUUCCAUGUGGCUUGUAUGACCUUCAUCAACGUGUUUGUGCAUUCUGCUGAAGACAUGAACUUCAGGGUGCACCUGCAACACGAGUUCACUCUGCUCGGACUUGACGACUUUAUUGAGAGACUCAAGUCCUCAUCGUCGGUAGCUCCGAACCUCCUCUCGCAGAUCUCAGCCUAUCAGGGAAACUUCUUCCACGUGGAGAGUCUGAUAGAGGACUCAAAGACAAAGGCGGACGCUCUGUCCUCUGUGGAACAAACCAAGUCUCAAAUGGCGGAGCUCCAAGAGAAGCACGAGGCUGCAGAGUUCCAGUCACUCAAGAGAAUUGCUGACCUGGAGAAGAAGUUAUCAGAUUUGAACAAAACUGUCAAGGAGGCACAAACUGGAACAUUACCUCCUUCGUUGGAUGCCCCUCCCCCUCCUGGAGCACCCCCUCCACCCCCACUCCCCGGAGGUGCCCCACCCCCUCCACCACCGCCCCCUCCUGGACUGCCGGGUGCCCCCCCACCACCACCCCCUCCACCAGGAGGGCCGGGAGCACCACCACUUCCACCCCUGGGAGGAAAGUUCGGAAUCCGCGGGGGUAAGAGGAAGAUUGAGACCAAGUAUCGACUGCCCCUACUCAACUGGUCCAGUAUCCCGGCCACCCAGAUCGCAGGCACUGUCUUCACUGAAAUGGACGAUGAGAAAAUCAUCAAACUGAUCGAUUUUACCGAGUUUGAGGAGACCUUCAAGCUGAACACACCCGCUAAUAAUGAGCCUGACGGAGAGGGAGUCAAGCCAGAGCCCACCCCCCGCAAGAAGACGGUGCAGAAGGAAGGGCUACUGGACACCAACAGAUCUCAGAACGUUGCCAUUGCACGGAGGAAGAUUACGUGUUCUUCAGAGGAGCUCAAAGAUGUCAUCACACAGAUGGACUUGGAACGUCUGCCAGUGGAUUUGGUGGAGAUCCUAAACAAAGUGACUCCCAACGAAGACGAGGUUAAGAAGUUUGGUCAGUUCCAGAAAGACAAGAAAGACGCGAAGACACUGCCAGACAAUGACCGGUUUGUGUUUGAGAUAAUUCUAGCGUUUGGCAACUACAUGAACAGCAGUAAGAGGGGUGGAGUGUACGGGUUCAAGGUGGCCUCUCUGGACAUGCUGCGUGAUUCUAAGGCCCCUAGUGACCACACAGUAACACUGAUGCACUACGUAGCGGGAGUGAUACGAGACAAGUUCCCCUUGCUGUUAGGAUUUGUCCAUGAGCUCACCUACCUGGAUAAGGCUGCACCUGUCUCUCUGGACCUACUCAUGGCCGACUUCCGUCAGAUCAGUAAAGGCAUAAAGGAGGCGACUGGAGAGCUCAUCAACAAUAAACAGAACACUGCCCUCAAGACCUUCUGUCUGGAGGCAGAGCCUAAGGUCACCAAGCUGGAGAAAGGAUUGGAGACUGCCAAGGAGGCGUUCGGAGAAGUUGUGCAAUACUUUGGAGAAAAUGCUAAACUGAGUCAACCCAACUCCAUCUUUCCCGUUCUGCACAGAUUCGUCACAAACUUCAGAAAAGCAGACAGUGAAAACCUUGCCAAGAUAGCCAUCAGACAAGCUCAACUGUGUGUAUUACCUUGCGUGGAUGACACUUCCUUAUCAGAGGAUGAUCAGGGUGUGGACGUACUGCCUCAGAUCUACGACGGAGCUAUUGAAGAGAUCAUUUCCGGUAUGAAGAACACUGCAUACAGACCGGCCAACUACAGACGUAACACAUUACGUAAGCAUGGCAACUCUACGUCGUCCAAUCAAGUGGCAGCACCCUCACCACAUGAUGAACUUCUCAAGUCCCUACAGAGAAGAACUAAAGCUAGAGAGGACAAUUACGGUGCCAAUAGACCAUGGCUGAAAUAAUCUGUAUAGCUAGCUAAAAUCAUUUCAUUCACCGUUAUUGUCUUCUGUGCAUUUUGUGUUUCUUUGCUCAAUUCAUAUAAUUAUACAUGUAAUAAAAUGUAUUGUAUGUUCGUUGA